AUGGCUCCUACGGUAGCUGUCAUCUUUUUUCUUGUAUUCGCCUUUACAACUUCUCAUAUUGAUUCAACAAGCAAUUAUGCAUUUGCAAGAGUCGAGAGUUGUCGUGGUUGUCGCUUAAGCCGGCUCCCAGAUGUUAAACAGUUUAUCUUUGAAGAUUUACCCAAUUAUAAUAAUAUUGAAUUUGUGCAUAUUCAAAAUGCAGUUCCAGAACUUCUUUUGUUCAAUGAAAAUAAAGAGGAAGUGGAAAGAUUACCUUUGUCAAGUUUGACACGAGAAGAAUGCAAUAAUCUGUUAAUAUCUAAAGGAUUUACAAAAAAGACAGAAAAAGAUGAAAUAUAA